AUGUCGAUUGACUUUCCCAAGGAGGAGGAGGCCACCAUCGAGAGGUGGCGGGAGAUCAAGGCCUUUGAGCGUCAGCUCGAGCUCUCUGAAGGAAACCCGCUCUACACCUUUUACGAUGGCCCGCCGUUCGCGACUGGUCUGCCCCAUUAUGGCCAUCUCCUCGCCUCGACCAUCAAGGACAUCAUCCCGAGGUACUGGUCCAUGAAGGGUUUCCAUGUGGAGCGGCGCUUUGGAUGGGACACCCAUGGCCUUCCUAUCGAACACGAAAUCGACAAGAAGCUGGGCAUCUCUGGCAAGGCUGCCGUCAUGGAACUGGGCCUGGCAAACUACAACGCCGAGUGCCGUUCUAUUGUGAUGCGGUAUAGCGAGGAGUGGAGACACACUAUCGAGAGACUGGGCCGCUGGAUCGAUUUUGACAACGACUACAAGACAAUGGAUCCCACGUUCAUGGAGUCCGAGUGGUGGGUCUUCAAGCAGCUAUUCAACAAAGGCCAGGUCUACCAGGGAUACCGAGUUAUGCCAUAUUCAACAGCACUUACUACUGCUCUGAGCAAUUUUGAAGCGAACCAGAACUACCAAGACGUGACGGAUCCCGCUGUGGUGGUUUCCUUCCCUCUGCUCAGCGACCCCGAGACAAGCCUAUUGGCCUGGACAACUACGCCAUGGACAUUGCCGUCUAACCUCGCACUGGCAGUACAUCCCGAUUUUGAGUACAUCAAAAUCCACGACGAAAAGUCCGGAAAGAAGUACAUUCUCCUCGAGAAGCUUCUGGGGACUUUAUACAAAGAUCCCAAGAAGGCCAAGUUCGAGGUUCUUGAGAAGAUCAAGGGCAAGGAUAUGGCGGGCUGGCUGUACGAACCCCUCUUUCGGUAUUUCUACGAGGAGUUCAAGGAUGUUGCGUUCCGAGUUUUCACGGCGAAGUAUGUCACCGACGAGAGCGGCACCGGUAUCGUUCACCAAGCUCCGGCCUUUGGCGAGGACGAUUUUAACGUCGCAACCGAAAAUGGUGUCAUUACCGAGAAGCACGGACCCCCAGACCCUGUCGAUGAUUCGGGCCACUUCACUAGCAAGGUUUCCGACUUUGAGGGGAAGCAUGUCAAGGAAGCAGACAAGCAUAUCGUCAAGCACCUAAAGGCCACUGGGAGGCUCGUUGCCGAAUCGCAGUUUAGGCAUUCGUAUCCAAUGUGCUAUCGCUCGGACACCCCCCUCAUAUAUAAAGCCGUGCCAUCCUGGUUCGUGCGUAUUACAACUAUCAUCCCGCAAAUGCUUAGCAACAUUGAGGGAUCUCACUGGGUCCCCUCUUUUGUCAAAGACAAGCGGUUUGCUAGCUGGAUCACGAAUGCUCGCGAUUGGAACGUAUCCCGCAACCGGUAUUGGGGUACCCCUAUCCCACUUUGGGUGAGCGACGACUUGGAGGAGAAGGUAUGCAUCGGAAGCAUUGCAGAGCUGAAGGAACUCAGUGGGUACGAGGGCGAGAUCACCGACCUCCACCGCGACAAAAUCGACCAUAUCACGAUUCCCAGCAAGACGGGCAGAGGUGUCCUGAGGCGAAUUGAAGAGGUUUUUGACUGCUGGUUCGAGUCUGGAAGCAUGCCGUACGCCAGCCAGCACUAUCCGUUCGAGAAUGUUGAGAAGUUUGAGAAGUCCUUCCCGGGUGAUUUCAUUGCCGAGGGUCUCGACCAGACAAGAGGCUGGUUCUACACUCUUCUUGUUCUCGGAACGCACCUCUUUGGUGUUUCUCCCUUCAAAAAUUGUGUCGUCAACGGAAUUGUGCUGGCCGAAGACGGGAAAAAGAUGUCGAAGAGGCUCAAGAAUUACCCCGAUCCUGGAAUCGUCAUGGCUAAAUACGGCUCCGAUGCUCUUCGUCUCUACCUCAUCAACUCGCCGGUUGUCAGGGCAGAGCCGCUCCGCUUUAAAGAGGCUGGAGUCAAAGAAGUUGUGGCCAAGGUGCUGCUUCCUCUGUGGAACAGCUUCAAAUUCUUCGAAAUCCAAGUUGGCUUGAUCAAGAAAGUAGAGAACAUCGAUUACGUGUUCAACCCGGCGAUGGAGUCGGAGAACACCAAUGUGAUGGACAAAUGGAUCUUGGCCAGCUGCCAGAGCUUGCUUGAAUUUGUCAACGCAGAGAUGAAAGGUUACCGUCUGUAUACUGUCGUGCCCAAGUUGUUGGGGUUGAUUGACGAUACCACUAAUUGGUACAUUCGCUUCAACCGGAAGCGUCUCAAGGGCGAGAACGGAGUUGACGACACUCUCCAUGCGCUGAACACGCUCUUCGAGGUCUUGUAUACAAUGUGCCGGGCUCUGGCCCCCUUCACGCCCUUCUUGACGGAUACCAUCUAUCUCAAGCUCCUUCCUCAUAUCCCCAAGAAUCUUCAGGGCGCAGAUCCUCGAAGCGUUCACUUCUUGGCUUUCCCCGAGGUUCGGAAAGAGCUCUUCAACAAGGACAUUGAGCGGAGAGUGGAACGGAUGCAAAAGGUCAUUGAAUUGGCCAGAUACUCUCGCGAGAGACGGGCUAUUGGCUUGAAGCAGCCUCUCAAGACGCUCGUCGUCAUCCACCACAGCCAACAGUACCUGGAUGACAUCAAGUCACUCGAGGGUUACAUCACCGAAGAGCUCAAUGUCCGGGACUUAGUGUUGACAUCAGACGAAGCCGCGCACGAGGUUCAGUACAGCGUCACAGCGGACUGGCCCGUGCUCGGCAAGAAGCUGAAGAAAGACAUGAUCAGAGUCAAGAAGGCGCUGCCAAAUGUGACAAGCGAGCAGGCCCAUGCCUACGUGCUCGAGAAGAAGAUCACAGUCGAUGGCAUUGAGCUUCAGGAAGGAGACUUGGUGGUGAGGCGUGGCCUGAAAGAGGACGAUGCGUCCAAGAACCUGGAGACCAACACAGACAACGACGUUCUCACCAUUCUCGACGUGGAGGUUUACCCCGGUCUCGCCGAAGAGGGACUCGCCCGCGAAAUUAUCAACCGUGUGCAACGUCUCCGCAAGAAGGCCGGGCUUCUAACAACAGACGACAUCAAGAUGGAGUAUCGGGUAUUGUCAGACCCUGAAGACAUUGGAAUUGAGAGAGUGUUUGAGGGGCAUCAAGAAUAUAUCGCAAAGGCGUUGCGGAGACCCCUGGACAAGCAUGAGAUUACGCAUGUGGAGGGAAAGAUUCCGGAUGGGAAGGAGGAAGGCAUUAUUGCCGAGGAGGAGCAAGAGGUGCUGAAGGCCACGUUCCUGUUGAGACUACUCAACCUGUGA